AAUUUCUUAAUGAGGUAGGAUAAAAUAAUCACACAAUUGGGAUUAAUAAAGUUGGGGGCUUUGUCCAUAAAUAGCUUAACACCCCUCUAUCCCAAACACCACCCGUACUUCUUUAAUAGCAUCUCUUAAUUUCUUUCAAAGCAAAGAAGUAUUUGGUCUUUCUUCUUCUGGUUUCCAAAGUUCUCAACUUUGUCGCGAUAUCAUCAAGAAAACAUUACAAAAAUGGCCAUCAGAAAAUCAAACAAGCUAUCACAAGCUGCAGUGUUGAAGCAAAUUGUAAUAAGGUGUUCGAGUUUGGGAAAGAAGCACGACUUUUACGACCAAGAUUACUACCUUCCCAUUGACGUACCUAAAGGACAUUUUGCAGUUUAUGUGGGAGAGAAUCGAACUCGAUACGUCGUACCAAUUUCCCUCUUAACUCAUCCUGAAUUUCAGUGUCUCCUUCAUCGUGCCGAAGAAGAAUUUGGCUUCGAUCACGACAUGGGCAUCACCAUUCCGUGCGAAGAAGUCGUUUUUCGAUCGUUAACUUCUAUGAUCCAGUAGUACAUAAGUAUUUGAAAAGAUGAAAUUAAAAGAGUGAAUAUUAGGUGUAAGGUUUUGUAAUUUGUAGUGAAAAAAGAUGGGCUAGCUCGGGAUAAAGCAGUUUGAUAUUUUUUUUUUUGCCUAACAUUUUUCUUCACUCUAUUUUUUUUGUUGGUAUUUUUGUUUGUAAAUUUCCUCUGACGACCCUGGUCUAGGAACCACAUGGUUUAGACUAUUAGUAGUGUUUUUAUGGGUCAGAAUCAGAUUUAUAUAAGAACUUAGGAAAUUUUUCCUUGCAGUGGUGUUUUGUUUUUUGCAUCUUCUGAGAGGAGAAUAUAUCUCAAUCUAUGUACCAUUUUCGAUUCAAAUGUCUCUCAAUAUAUUUGCAUAUUUACUGUA